AUGUCACCCAAGAAGCUGCCACCACAGACGUCGCAGCAGAAGCCGCAAACACGGACGACACAGCAGGAGCAACAACCACAGAGUACCCCUAAACCUAGAGUCAACAAUGCAUCUUCCACUCCUACCAGCAAGCCAGUCAUCCCAGCGCAUGAAGUGAAACAAAGCUCGUCCGUGAGCGCGCAGCUCGCCCUCGAAGCCGCAAAGAAAGCCUACGAACUCCGUCAAGCAGCGUAUGGCGCUGGUAGGCGUGCAAUCACUGGUCCAUUCUGGGAUUUGGGCCAGAUGGCAAGUCACGCUUUGAGGAGUAUUGUGGGCGAUUUUCCCAACUGGCAAGCUACGUCAAGUCAGAAGAAGGCGCUGGAGAAGAUGGUGUCGGAGACGCAGCAGACGAAGGCCCCGAACCAAAAAGAAUUGGAGGAGAUGCGGGACGAUGACGGAGGUCGGAGUCAGGAGGAUUACCACCAAUGGGCCAAGGAUUUGACACGCUACCUCCCGAGUAUGCCUUCGAUGCCUUCGAUGCCUUCGAUGCCCUCAAUGCCCUCAAUGCCCUCAAUGCCCUCAAUGCCGUCGAUUCCAGGACUGGGGAGACAAUCCAAAGGGAGCAACCCUACUCCAGCUGGAAGUAAGCCAAAGACCGCGACAGCAUCAAAUCAGAACCAGCAACCAAAAGCAUCAGCAAAGCCUCGGUCACCUUCAAAGCCUCGACCUGCUCCUCCAAAAGCACCUAGCCAGACGCCCAAGUCACCAUGCCAGACAAAGGCAGAUGAAAAUGCGCCGAGAGAGAAGCCGAAGAAGUUGGAGAUCAGAUCAACAGGAACCACUUCGCAGUCCAGCCAAUCCGUCACUCGAUGA